AUGGCAGCCUCACAUGAGCCGAGCCCGUCCCCUGUGGUUCUGCUGUUACUGGGUGAGAAACAAAGUGGGAAGAGCUCAGCAGGAAAUGCCAUCCUGGGCAGACAAGCCUUUCACAAGAAAACAACUCGCAGCUCCAAGGAGACUGGUGCCAUCUUUGGAAAACAGGUGACAGUGGUGGACACCCCAGGGUGGCUGUCCUACUCCACCACUCCAGACAGAGUGUCCCAGGAGAUCUGUAGAGGUCUGACCCUCUGCCAUGCAGAACCAGAUGUCAUCCUGCUGGUGCUGCCCACUACCACCACCUUCAGCCAGCAGACAUGGAAGGCUAUGGAGGCCCAAUUCACACUGCUCCAAACCCCCAUCUGGCAGCGAGCGAUGAUCCUCUUCACACAUGGAGACAAGUUAGGAGGCGUGUUAAUCCAGGAGCACAUAAGGCGAGAAGAUCGGACUCUCCACUGGCUGCUGGAGCGAUGUGGGAACAGGUAUCAGGUUAUGUCCAACCAGUCCAGGACCUCGGAGGUUCAGGUUAAACAACUCUUUGAGAAGAUCCAGAAGAUGAUGGAGGUGAACAAGCGUCCCAGGGAAAUCCAGAACAUGAUGUACACCCAGCUGAGACGCGAUGUGAGCAUGAGGGUGGAGGAGAGGAGGUGGCAGGGGAGAGUAGAGGACAUAGAAAUGACAGUGAUGGGUGAUGUGCGUGACAGGAGGUCAAGACCAAGGCGGCAGAUAUCCUCAAAAUGGCAACAAAUGUCCAGAGGAUUCUCAGCAGAGCCCGUUGUGUUUAAACCUGCCCUCGGCCUCAUCCUGCUAGGAAGGAGGAAAUCAGGGAAGAGCUCAGCAGGCAACUUGAUCCUGGACAGAGAAGAGUUUCAGACCAACAUUAAGACCACAAGGUGCUCUGUAGGCUACAGGGAAGUAUCAGGGUGGUCUGUCACGGUGGUCGACACCCCCGGGUGGAGUCUGUUCGGUCUGGCCAAUCCUGAGCAGGUCAGGACAGAGAUCAGUCUGAGCCCGUCUCUGUGUCCUGUGAGAAGCAGAGUGGCGUUCCUGCUGGCUGUUCCGGUGGACUCGUUCAGAGAGAAGGACAGACGAGCUGUGGAGACAUACCUCAGUGUCCUGGGGGACAACGUUUGGAGAAGCACUGUGGUGUUGUUCACCUACGGAGAGGUGCUGAGAGGAAAGGCGAUACAGAAACACAUCGAGGGGAAGGGGAAGCCUCUUCAGUGGGUGCUGGACAGAUGUGGUCGCCGGCAUCAUGUGUUUCAUACAGGAGACGAAACUGAAGUCACUCAGUUAAUGCAGAAGGUGGCGCAACUGUAGAAGUUAUUUCAAAACAAAAAAUAAAGAGAGAAUCUUUUCUUUAAAUGAACAAAUCACCAAUUUUGCACAUGAAUCAGUUUACUCAUGAGGAGCACUACAAGUGACUAAAUAACAAGAUAUGCCAUUCUUCUUUUCUUUUUUUUAUCUGUCUGUUAUUUGUGGAAGUGCAGUACUAAAUCAAUGGAAUAAAUA